CGACCGGUUAGUUUGAAUUUGACUCGCUAACAGUGCGGACAUCAAGAAUAUACAUAGUUGAGCAUCAUGAUCGGUAUAGUGCUGCUGAUCGGGGUCGUAACCCUGCUAUAUGUUUACCUAAAGUGGACAUUUAGCUACUGGGAUCGCAAGGGUAUUCCCUCGACGGGUGUGAGUAUUCCCUUCGGUGCCUUGGAGUCCGUGAAACGAGGAAAGCGAUCCUUCGGCAUGGCCAUCUACGACAUGUACAAUUCCACCAAGGAGCCGGUAGUUGGAAUGUAUCUGACCCUGAGACCCGCCCUCCUGGUUCGUGAUGCUCAGCUAGCUCACGAUAUACUUGUCAAGGACUUUGCCAGCUUCCAUGAUCGUGGCGUUUACGUGGACGAGGAAAAUGAUCCCAUUUCCGCGGGCAUUUUCCAAAUGGAGGGAUUAAAUUGGAAGACGCUGCGUAACAAGCUGUCGCCCUCGUUCACCUCCGGCAAGCUGAAGGCCAUGUUCGAGACCUCUAAUGCAGUCGGUGAUAAGAUGAUAGCACACUUGAGGAAACAACUGCCCCAGUCCGGUGGUAGCCAGGAGGUGGAGCUGAAGAGUCUAAUGUCGACUUAUGCCAUCGAUAUUAUUGCUUCGAAUUUUGGCCUGGAAGUGGACAGUUUUGUAGAUCCCAACAAUGAAUUCCUCUCGAUUAGUAAGAAAUUGAAUCGCAACAACUUUGAGGAUAUUGUACGAGGCACAACAAGUUUCCUAUAUCCCGGAUUGGAAAAGUUAUUUGUCCGAUUUGGCUGGAAGCAGGAGGCCACCGAAAGGAUGCGGGAAUUGUCCCAUCGUACCGUGGAUCUCAGGGAGAAGAACAACAUUGUUCGCAAGGAUAUGCUGCAACUUCUUUUGCAAUUACGUAACCAGGGACAGAUUAACACCGAUGAUUCCAUUUGGUCGGCUGAGAACUCUAACAAAGGCCUCAAGUCCAUGUCGAAGGAUCUUAUUGCUGGACAGCUUUUCCUGUUCUUUGUAGCUGGCUAUGAGACCACAGCCUCCACAUCAGCCUUUACUCUCUUCGAGCUCACCCAGAAUCCGGAGGCCAUGGCCAAGGCGCAGGAGGAUGUGCGUCACGCCAUUGAGAAACACGGCGGAUUGAACUAUGAUGCCAUUUCGGAUAUGAAGUACUUGGAGGCCUGCGUGUUGGAAACUGCCCGCAAGUAUCCCGCUCUGCCCCUUUUGAACCGGAUCUGCACACAAGAUUUUCCAGUGCCGGAUAGCAAGGUGAUGAUCAAGAAGGGCACACAAAUUGUGAUUUCUGUGAUAGGAAUGCACCGUGAUCCUGAGUACUUCCCCGAUCCGAUGAGUUAUAAGCCAGAGCGGUAUUUGGAUGAGACCAAGGACUACAAUCAGUCUGCCUAUUUGGCCUUUGGCGAGGGACCUCGUCACUGCAUAGGGGCCCGCAUGGGAAAGGUGAAUGUAAAGAUAGCGGUAGCCAAGGUUUUGUCCACUUUCAAUCUGGAAAUCCGCAAGGAGAAGACUGAGAUCGAGUUCGGUGUAAAUGGAGUGCCGCUCAUGCCCAAACAUGGAGUACCCGUUCGGGUUUCCCUCAAGAAUUAGAAACCUAAGAAACAACCUAAACACUCGUUUAUCUAGUAAAUAAAAUGCAUUUGAAAUAGAAAAUCUAA